CGAGAGAUCCGGGGGCAGAAGGAGAAACGGCGUUUCCCCGCGAGGUGCCCCAAAACGGCGCUUUGUCCCCGUGGGUUCAGCAGCUCCUGCUGCGCUGGGUGUUAUUUCCCACCCAGCUGGGAUAUCUUGAUUUUACCAAGGGAAAAGGCAAUGGCUUAGGACUUUAUAUAUAUGAAUAUACUCUUUUCCUGAAGCUCACAUGCUUGGAGGAAGGAAGAAAGUGUUUAAAAAACAGAAGGCAGAAAUGAGAAAAAUGAGUUGGACAACUAGGGAGAGAAAGGGGGUGAAAGUGGGUCUUAAGGCAUGGGUGGUUUUGUUCUUCYCUGUGCCAUUACAAGAGAUAGGCUGUUUGGCUGCAGUUGAAACUUGCUGAAAGACAUGCUUGCAGCUUCAUCAGUCCGUGUCACAGAAAAACAGCAGAUGGAUUCAGCAUAUCAUCUGUGGCUUAAAAGAAAUCAGAUUUGAGGCUGCUCUGAAGGCCCUGCCCAUCCCUGGAGAAACGUGCCCAGGAGUUCAGCUGGUUUCAGAACCCCUUCAGUUCAGCGCUCAACAGGGAAGCUGCGACAUGGAUAAUUCUGGUAUUUCCUGAGCUGUUGAGUUCUGUGUCCAGCCCAUUGAAGAUGAAGCAUUGCUUGGAAGGGUUAUUCAGCAAGGAUUCUGACUGAGAAGCUAGUGCAAGACAGAGGCCUUCACUGCUCAGCCAGCCUGAGGCCAGCCUCAUCUGUGACCUGCUCUGCAGAAGCCCAGCGGGGCUGAGCAUCAGUUACUUUUCCAUGUGUGAAAGUACAGGGCCGAUGGAGAAGCUCUUGUGCUCUAGCAGCCCUAUCACCAGGACAACAUGGCAUUCACAGGCAAAUAUGAAGUAGAAAGUGAUGAGAACUAUGAUGACUUCAUGAGGAAGAUUGGUAUCCCCAGUGACAUCAUGGAAAAGGGAAGGAAUUUCAAAAUAGUCACUGAGGUGGUACAAAAUGGAAAUGACUUCACCUGGUCACAGCAUUAUCCAGGAGGCCACUCCAUGACCAACAGAUUCACAGUUGGCAAGGAAGCAGAUUUGGAGACAAUGGGUGGUAAAAAGUUCAAGGCAACUGUUAACAUGGAAGAUGGCAAAAUAGUAGCAGAUUUUCCCAACUAUCAUCAUACUGCAGAGAUUUCUGGAGGAAAGCUGGUAGAGAUUUCUACUGCUGGUGGUGUAACCUACAAAAGAAUCAGCAAAAAGAUUGCUUAAGGCAGUAAGGCCAGUCUUCCAGUGCACUGAGAAAUAAACAACACUACAAAUUAAUAAAAUACAGUUCUGAUUUCU